AUGGGACAAGCCAUCAAGCACUUUGGCUGGAAAAGAAGUGAUCUAGUCAUCAGCACCAAGCUCAACUGGGGUCUUGCAAAUGGAGAAAUCCUGAUCAACAACCACGGUCUCUCUCGCAAACACAUUGUGGAAGGUACCCGGGCUUCUCUCGAGCGUUUGCAGCUCGAAUACGUCGACAUCAUCUACGCGCACCGUCCGGACCGUCUGACGCCGAUGGAGGAGACUGUACGCGCGUUCAACUACGUGAUUGAGAAAGGCUGGGCUUUCUACUGGGGAACAUCAGAGUGGUCGGCGGAUGAGAUCGCCGAAGCCUGCGGAAUCGCCAAGGCCCUGGGCCUCAUCGCUCCGGUCGUUGAGCAGCCUCUGUACAACAUGUUGGAUCGCGAGAAGGUCGAGGGCCAAUUCCAGCGGAUCUACUCCCGAUAUGGAAUUGGCCUGACGACCUUCUCUCCAUUGAAGAUGGGUCUGUUGAGCGGGAAGUACAACGACGCCACGACACAGCCUCCGCCGGGAUCGCGGUUCGCGGAGAGCAAGGACAAGUUUGCAAAUAGUGUCCGCAAGGACUGGGAGAAUGAAGAAUGGGCCGGUACAAUUCGCAAAAUCGUUGGUUUAACGGAGCUGGCUAACACGCUGGGGGUUAAACUAUCCCAGUUAGCUCUGGCAUGGUGUUUGAAGAACGAAAAUGUCUCCUCUGUCAUCACCGGUGCUUCGAGGCCGGAGCAGAUUGUGGAUAAUGUGCAGAGUCUGAAGCUAUUACCGCGGUUGACUCCAGAGGUGAUGGCGCAGAUUGACGCGUUCCUGCUCAACAGGCCAGCUCAGGAUCCUGCCCGCCAGGACUAGAUCCCACACUGCUAGUCGAGGGGGGUCAGUUUUAGUUGGCUCGAUGAAGGAUCCUACUGGGAGAUUUUGCAGUCAAAUCGCCCCAUCAUUAGGUGGGGACACCACUACAGCGUUGUACAUGAGCGCACGACGCUUUGGAAAACCACACGGAAGGAAACCUUCUCAUCUAACCCGAUGGAGCAGCAGGGAGGCUAAAGAGCCGAACGGUCAAUUCCUUGUAUAUAGACAAAUUCAGAAAAUAAGACAGGUCAGG